AUGUUCUUCGAACCUCUGGCCCUCGCCGUCUUCCUCCUCUCCAUCUUUCCCUUCCAAUCCCUCGCCGCCCGACCCAAUAAGAACGCAAUCCUCCUCUCAGAAGUACGAACUCUCACCCUACGCGGCAAUGGCGCAAAGACCACAUCUCGCCGCGUCGCCUCCGUCCCGCAACUCAAAUGCAUCUCAUCAAAGGCCGUCUGCGACCUCUAUGCAAUUGACGUCUUGCGCUGCACCAACCAGGGCUCCUCAUAUGGCGACGAGGACGUAGAAUGGAGCUGCACCGCUUCGCUGCCGGAAGAGUUCAAGCUGGGCAGCACCGAUGUCAUCUGUGAAGGCUACUCUUCGCCCGAUGAUCCAUAUGUCCUCAAAGGCAGCUGCGGAGUCGAGUACAGGCUCAUAUUGACCGACAAGGGCGAGAAGAGGUAUCCAGGCGUGGCGGAUCCGAACGGCCGCUGGUUUAGUGACGGCGAAGGAGGUACGGAUUUCGGCGCGUGGGCAUUUGCAGUCAUCUUCAUUGCCGUUCUUGGAUGGAUAGUGUACUCUGCAUGGCAAAGUGGGACGAACCCAGGACAGCGCCCUCCUGGACGGAGAGGAUAUGGUGGAGGAGGAGGCGGCGGCGGCGGUGGCGGUUGGGGUCCAGGAAACGAUCCGCCACCACCUUAUCCCGGAACAAAGCCUGAUCAAUCGCAGCACGGAUGGAGACCUGGAUUUUGGAGUGGGCUUGCUGGAGGAGCAGCGGCUGGUUACAUGGCUGGAAAUCGAAACAAUAAUCGGCGGGACGACAGAUACGGCUCACGGGGAUGGGGUGCUGGGCCAUCGAGCUCACAGUCUUUCUCUUCCGGCUCUGGCUCAAGUUCUAACUCCUCUCGUCACGAGAGCACAGGCUUCGGCUCAACAAGUCGCAGAUAG